GUGUGGCUGCCAUCUUGUGUGUGGCUGCGACCGUGGUCUACGGGUCCUGAAAGCGCGUGUAGAGCGGCUGGUUCUAGUAGAAGAGUCCCGAGGGACGAUUAGGGGUGUUGGAAGGGGAAGAAAAAAGAAGGUUAACAACAGACUUGAACAAUGACACAGAGCAAAACAGCCAUGGAGCAACACGGCUAAAGUCUAUGAUAAGCAUCAGACUUGAAGCACAUCAGGAGCCAAGGUUCUGUUUAAACUUGUAGUGGCUACUUGGAAAAUGAGGACGCAGACUCCAAAUUGGUGGUUUAUAUGUUCUUCAUGCAAGAGCAGUGUACUGAAGGAGAGAAGUAUGCUGUGUUGAGUUGACCAGUGAGUGGUGAAAGCUGAGAAGCUGAAACAAAUCUGCACAUGACACGGGGUCUCUAAGCAUUCCAUAUUGGAAGAAGAGAUUUUUAUACAUGAAAAGAAUGCCUUUGUUUAGUAAAUCACACAAAAAUCCCGCAGAAAUUGUGAAAAUUCUAAAAGACAACCUGGCCAUUUUGGAAAAGCAAGACAAAAAGACAGACAAGGCUUCAGAAGAAGUAUCAAAAUCGCUGCAAGCAAUGAAAGAAAUUCUGUGUGGUGCAAAUGACAAGGAGCCCCCAACUGAGGCAGUGGCCCAGCUGGCACAAGAACUCUACAAUAGUGGGCUGCUGGUGACACUGAUUGCCGACCUGCAACUCAUAGACUUUGAGGGGAAAAAAGAUGUGACCCAGAUAUUUAACAACAUCCUAAGAAGACAGAUAGGCGCACGGAGUCCUACUGUGGAGUACAUCAGUGCUCACCCUCACAUCCUGUUCAUGCUCCUCAAAGGAUAUGAAGCCCCACAGAUUGCCUUGCGCUGUGGGAUUAUGCUGAGAGAAUGUAUUCGACACGAACCACUUGCCAAAAUCAUCCUCUUUUCUAAUCAGUUCAGAGAUUUCUUCAAGUAUGUGGAGUUGUCAACAUUUGAUAUCGCUUCAGAUGCCUUUGCUACUUUUAAGGAUUUAUUAACCAGACAUAAAGUGUUGGUAGCGGACUUCUUAGAACAAAACUAUGACACUAUCUUUGAAGACUAUGAGAAACUGCUGCAGUCUGAGAAUUAUGUGACAAAGAGACAAUCUUUAAAGCUGCUAGGUGAGCUGAUCCUGGACCGCCACAAUUUCGCCACUAUGACCAAGUACAUCAGCAAGCCGGAAAACCUGAAACUGAUGAUGAACCUGCUUCGAGACAAAAGCCCUAACAUCCAGUUCGAAGCCUUCCAUGUCUUUAAGGUGUUUGUGGCCAGUCCUCACAAAACACAGCCCAUUGUGGAGAUUCUGCUAAAAAAUCAACCCAAACUCAUUGAGUUUCUGAGUGGCUUUCAAAAAGACAGGACAGAUGAUGAGCAAUUCACUGACGAGAAGAACUACCUGAUUAAACAGAUCCGAGACUUGAAGAAAACAACCCCGUGAGGAUCUGCCCUCUCCUGCCGCAGUCACUUGUCUCCUUUGCCCAGUGUGUACAGUGUUGUUUCAGGGGCCUGCGUUCAUGGGAAGGCUGUGUUUCUCAACUGAUUAUUCAAGGUAGAUGGAAUAUAAACAUUUGAAUGGGGAAAAUAAUCAACCUAGAAUAAUAUAUUCACUUUAAUCAAGUCUAUGAUUGCUUAUGUGAAAUCAGCUGUUGUUUUAAACAUUGAUAAAACCAAGUUUAACUCUAGAGCCCAACCCUGGGUCACCACAAGCAACCAAGCAGGAGGAGCACAACUGAUAGCACCUCAGUGUCCCUGAGGGAGGAGGCAAGGAGGGAGACCUGUCCACCUACUGCAUAGACAGCCUUUGUCGGCUCAGAAGAGACAGGAGUCAGCGCUGUUGUGUAGCAGCUCUGGGGAAUCAGUGAGCAUGGGAUGUUCCACUCCUUACUGUCAUUCUGGAAGGAAUGCUUGUGGUAACUGUUUUCAGAGUUGGGAUCACAAUAGGUACAAACAUUGGGCUAGAGGGUUGUGGCUUCUGUCACUAGAGGACCUGACCCUUAGACGGAGAAGUGGUUGAAAAAAAUUCUCAAAUGACUCGACUUUUUUUCUAGUUUGUUUUCUAAUCUGUAAUUUUACAAUUGCCCAUCAAUGUCUUUAGUGAAAAGCUAGAAAAUCUAAAAAUUUUGUUCCCAUACUAGGGACUCUUUUGCAUACUAGGAUUAUUAAGAUGUUAGUUCAUGUUCCCUUAAAAGGCAGAGGAAUAAAACCCAAAGUUUUAGGAAGGGCAUAGUUUGUUCUCAGAUAUGAAAUGUCUGAAAUGGGGUUUUAAACUGCCAUUUCCCAGACACUGAAGGUCCGAUUGCUAAUCUGAUUUGUCACAGCCAUCUCUAAGUCAGUUGUUGCUUCCAUAGGAGCCCCAACUUCCCAAGUACUGGCUGCUGUGUUCCUUUUCUUUGGCCACAUAUCUUUCCACCCAGAGACAGGAAGGGAAAUGUGUUCUCCAGUAGAAAUGUCUUCAGUGGGUUACCAGCUGAAGAGUUUUCUGGCAGGACACCUUGCUUCUUGGCUGGGGUUCAGGUAUGUUGCUUCUGUGCCUAGCAUGAAGCCUGUGGCAGAUGGUACAGGUAGGACCUGGCAGAGUAGCAAGGGAGGAUCAGAGCAGCCCAGUGGCUGGCCUGCUCAGUCAUUUUUAUAACAUUCCCUGACAGUCCAGAGUCCCAUAGAAUUUGACCUUUCUGGGUUUGCUUAUUUGAUUAAAAGGAAUGAGCAAACAAUUUUCAAUGUAUUUCCAUGUUAUCAUGGGACAUGUUUUCAAGUGGAAAGCAAGGCCUUGUUCUAAUUCUCUUUUGAUUAAAAAAAAAAAACAAAAAAAACCUCAAAACCCAUUUUCUUUACUCUGGGCUUGACUUA